UUGCAUGUUAUUUGUGAAAAUAUUGUGAAAUAUUGUUCCUAUCGAACCAAUAAACAAUCGUGUUAGUGUUCUGUUUGAAUAAAGCCGCAUAAACGUUGCUAAACAUCAGCAACAAUGGCAACUAUGACUGAUCAGUACGGCACGACGGGGACGCUCACCCUCAAGUGGGACCCUCGGAAUCUGGAGAUACGGACCAUGUCAGUGGAGCGGACGCUUGAACCGCUCGUGUUACAAGUCACUACGCUGGUCAACAGCAAGGAUCGGGAUGCCAAGAAGAAGAGACCUGGCAAGUCCAAGCGAGCCAGCGCCCUAGUGGCGACUGUUGAACGAGCGACGGAGAUUUUCAUCGAACGGGGCCAGACCAUCGCCUACGAAAACCCUGAGAUCACACAGCAGAUGUUGACGGCCGUCGAAGAAGUGCGGAAGGCUGGAGCAGCAAUGAGUCUCGCCGCUCGAGAGUUUUCGGAGGAGCCCUGUGCUUCCCAAGUACGAGGCGGGAUGGUUCGGGCGGCGCGCGCCUUGCUCUGUGCCGUAACCCGCUUACUUAUAUUGGCGGAUAUGGUUGAUGUACAUCUUCUUUUGAAUAAGCUUAAUACUGUGGAAAAUGACCUAGACAAGCUGAAAUCGGCUUCCUCCCAAUCGGAACUGUUGGAAUCGGCUCGCCAGUUCGGCCGGUCAGCGUCGGAGCUCGCGGCUCAAGCUGCAAAGAGACAGCGCGAGCUAAAGGAGCCACGCAUGAAGGACGAGCUCGCCGCCGCCAGAGCUGUUCUGAAGAAGCACUCCACCAUGCUCCUGACUGCUUCCAAGGUAUACGUCCGUCACCCGGAGCUGGCCGCGGCGAAGGCCAACCGCGACUACGUGCUUCGCGCCGUCUGCAGCGCCGUCGACUCUAUCUCCGCCGUCGCCAAGGGACAGCCCAUACCCGUCGUCGGUGGAAAUCGUCCCGUAGAAGGUCCAGGAGAACUAGCUCAAGCACUCGAUGAUUUUGAUGAGCGUAUGGUGAUGGAGCCCCUGGCGUACUCGGAGCUCCGCACUCGUCCGUCGCUGGAGGAGCGACUCGAGUCCAUCAUUUCCGGGGCCGCGCUCAUGGCGGAUAGCUCUUGUACCAGGGACGAGCGUCGCGAGCGCAUAGUGGCUGAGUGUAACGCAGUGAGACAAGCGUUGCAGGAUCUCUUGCACGAAUAUAUGGCUAAUACUGGUAAACCGGAGCAAUCAGCUGGACUAGAGCGCGCCAUUGAGAAUAUGUGCAGGAAGACCAGAGACCUGAGGAGACAGCUUAGGAAGGCUGUCGUCGACCAUGUGUCCGAUAGUUUUCUGGAGACCAACGUGCCUCUCCUGGUUCUGAUGGAGGCGGCACGCAAUGGGAACGAAAAAGAGGUCGAGGAGUACGCACUAGUUUUCACUGAACACGCCAAUAAACUAGUCGAGGUAGCCAACCUUGUCUGUUCAAUGUCCAACAACGAGGAUGGCGUGAAGAUGGUCCGCCACGCCGCUGAACAUAUUGAGUCUCUAUGCCCACAAGUAAUAAACUCUAGUCGCGUACUAGCGGCGCGGCCCAGGUCUCGUGUUGCCCAAGAAAACGCGGCGGCGUUCGCCCGAGCUUGGGAGUUAGCCGUCAAACUUUUGACCGAUGCCGUCGACGAUAUUACCACUAUUGACGAUUUCUUGGCUGUCAGCGAAAACCAUAUCCUGGAAGACGUGAACAAGUGCGUAGUGGCGCUGCAGGAAGGCGAUCCGGACUCCUUGGAAAGGACAGCCGGCGCUAUACGUGGAAGGGCCUCCAGGGUUUGUUCAGUGGUGACACAGGAGAUGGAUAACUAUGAGCCGUGUAUCUAUACCAAGCGGGUCUUGGAAGCCGUCACCGUCCUCAGGGAUCAAGUGAUGUCAAAAUUCGGCGUACGAGUCGACGCAGCGGUGUCAGCGCUCGGCGGAGGCGCCGGAGCUGCUUUAGACGAAAACGACUUCAUAGACGCCAGCCGUUUAGUCUAUGAUGCUGUAAGGGAGAUCCGAAGAGCUGUUCUUAUGAAUAGGGAUGAGGAGGAGCUGGAUCCCGAAGACGUGGAAUUAGACGAGCAUUACACUCUGGAAACACGAAGCAAAUCGAGCGCUCAUACUGGCGAGCAUGGUGUCGACGAGUAUCCUGAUAUUAGCGGUAUUACAAACGCUAGGGAAGCCAUGCGAAAGAUGACGGAAGAAGACAAACGCAAGAUUCUCCAACAAGUCGAACUCUUCCGUCGGGAGAAGAUGACGUUUGAUAACGAAGUCGCCAAGUGGGAUGACGCCGGUAAUGACAUCAUCAUGCUGGCCAAACAUAUGUGCAUGAUUAUGUUGGAGAUGACUGAUUUUACUAGAGGGCGCGGUCCUCUCAAGACGACAAUGGAUGUUAUCAACGCAGCUAAGAAGAUAUCGGAAGCUGGUACCAAGUUGGAUAAACUUACCCGGGAAAUAGCUGAACAGUGCCCGGAAUCAUCUACGAAGCAAGACUUGCUCGCCUACCUACAACGCAUCGCCCUGUACUGCCAUCAAAUUCAAAUCACAAGCAAAGUGAAGGCCGACGUUCAAAACAUAUCCGGAGAGCUUAUUGUUAGCGGGAAUAAUUCAAAAAUGCAAGCUGAGAACAACAGUGGUAUUAUAGUCUCCGGGCUGGACAGCGCAACAUCCCUAAUCCAAGCUGCCAAGAAUCUGAUGAAUGCCGUCGUACUCACCGUGAAAGCGUCUUACGUCGCCUCCACGAAGUACACCAGGCAGGGAACUAUCGCUUCGCCAAUCGUAGUUUGGCGUAUGAAAGCGCCGGAGAAGAAACCUCUGAUCCGGCCCGAAAAGCCGGAAGAGGUCCGCGCCAAAGUUCGUCGUGGCAGUCAGAAGAAACAGCCCAGCCCUAUACACGCACUCGCCGAGUUCCAAAGUCCGGCUGAGAGUGUCUAGAAAUCACAUUAAAUAUAAUCACGUUAAUUUAU